AGAAGAAGAAGAAGAAGAAGAAGAAGAAGAAGAAGAAGAAGAAGAAGAAGAAGGAAAAAAGCCGAAGAAAAUGAGAGGCGGAAGAGGAGGAGGCGGCGGCGGCGCUUUAAAUUCGUGGUCCCUCCCUCGUUGUGGUUGACGUGAUGACGUUGUCCAGUAAGGCGAGUCCCUCCACAAAUUCCUCUAUUUCAUUUUCAGGCCCAGUACGUCCCCAGUAACAUUACCACAGACGGCAGAGCAUAUGAAGCUAAAGCAGUAAUCGUCAACCAUCCGCUAAAGUAUUAUAAUUUUGUGGAAAUAUAUCAACCUUGCUGAUCUCAAGAUAUACUGAAUUUGUUAUUUCGAAUAAGAAGGCACAAGGGAAGGGGCGCAAAGAAAAAUUUCCAUACUCGAUGACAUUACAUCGCAAUGUCCGAUCGUUUGGGGCAAAUAACCAAGUCCAAGGAUGGAAAAAGCAAGUAUUCCUCACUCAGCCUAUUUGACAAGUACAAGGGAAAAUCAAUAGAAACUCAGAAAACCCCAGUUCCCCGACAUGGCUUACAGAGUCUUGGCAAAGUGGCCGCAGCCCGGCGCAUGCCCCCACCCGCUCACCUGCCGAGCCUGAAGUCUGAAAAUAAAGGAAACGAUCCCAACGUGAUUAUUGUGCCCAAAGACGGAACAGGAUGGGCAAACAAGCAGGAACAACCCGAUCAAAAGAGUUCAAUUGCAUCAACAGCACAGCUGCCGGAGUUGCAGCCGCAGCUGGCUUUACAGAAGUCUGUCUCCAAUCUUCAGAAGCCCACGCCAGUAGCCAGCCAGGAGAUUACAAACACAGGUGGACCAAAGCAAUGGGCCCAGCUAAAUGGAAAAGGAGUAGAGCAAGAUGGUUCAAGGGCCUCAAACCGACUUCAGCCCUUCUCUCACGAGGAAUUUCCCACACUCAAGGCAGCUGGGGAACAGGACAAGGCUGUCAAGGAAAGAAGCGCCUUCGAUCCGUCGUAUGGGCCCGGACCAAGCCUCCGCCCCCAGAAUGUGACCAGCUGGAGGGAGGGUGGGGGGAGAAAUCUUCAACCCUCAUCCCUGCCUCUCAGCCUGCCAGCAGAUCCUGAGGGCAAGCUCAGUGCCACGGCUGAGACAGGCACCACCCCAACUUCCUCUCACCCCUCCUCUGCCACCGGUUCCACCUCCACUAGUGUUACAAUUGCUCAGUCCUCAGGCAUGGAACCCAAGGAGCCUUCCCUGCGACCGGCUCAGCCACUACGCAGGGCUACCGUCCCCACUGCCCUGCAGUACCAGCUCCAUCACACCUCAACUGCUGUUUACCAUGACAUGCUGCCUGCCUUUAUGUGCUCCAAAGAGACACGUGAAGCGACAGGAACAGCUGAUCAUGUACCCAAAACAGUGGUGGCUCCAGCCAGAUUUGACAACAGACCUACAUUUAGACAGAGCCACACUAACUCAGAGCUUGUCAAUGGUGACGUUAGAAGAGAGAACCGCUAUGUUCGCCCCUCUCCCCGUCUGUCUUCUCAACCCAUCCGUAGGCCUGGUGACAGACCUCCACGGCCAGCCAUCAUCAAUCCAGAGGACUUAAAGGAUCUAGAUGAGCUUGACAAUGACUGUGAGGAUGGAUGGGCGGGACUCCAUGAGGAAGUGGAUUACAGUGAGAAACUUCAGUUCAGUGACGAUGAGGAGGAACACGCCGCUAGUGACAAGAACAAGCUAUGGGCUGAGAGGGAGAGAGCGAACCAGCGGGAGUGUCAGUCAUCCCUAAGCUCAGGUGAUGGGGGAUACACCCAGGAAAGCCCUGAAGAAAGUUACUCCUACCAUCACGAGCCCCCCAAGAAGACAAACAGCAAAUACUCAUUGAUGGAGGCCCAGACCCAGCAGAAGAGCAUAGGGUCAAGCAUGACCCACCAGGGUGAGCCCCUGGAAGAUCAAGAUGACCACCAGCAUCAGUCUCAAGCACAGGCUCCCCCCAGGACUAAGUUUGUAUCAGCCGAGCUGUCGGAGGCAGUAGAGAGAGCCCGUAGGCGGCGGGAGGAGGAGGAGAGGCGUGCUCGUGAGGAGAGGCUUGCUGCUUGUGCUGAGAAACUUAAAAAACUUGAUGAAAAGUUUGGGAAGACUGAAAGGCAGACAUCAAGGACAGAAGAAGGCCAGAAAGAUGCAGAGGGCAAAGAGCUUGCACUCUCUCCAAGCAGGGAGAUGACUCGAGCCCAACAGGAGAACUGGCAAUACAGCUCAAAAGAUGUAAGCGAUUGCCCGCCGGAUCUCUCACCAGGCCGCAACUACCGUGAGGAGCCGUGCUUCUCAUCUUACCAUAGCAAUGAGGAUGAUGGACAGGAGCCCACCUCCCCUCCAAGUGACUGCACUGGGCAUCACCCCUCCAAGCCAAUGCCGCCUCGCUUUCAGAAGCAGCCACAGCACCACCAGCAGCAGGAACAAGUAUACAAAAUGCAACACUGGCAGCAGUCAGGCCACCCUGCCCCUUCUAGCUCCAGCCACCCCCAGCGAGGCUACUACCCCCCACAUGUUCUUGGGUUUGACCCACGGUGGAUGAUGAUGCCUCCCUUUAUGGAUCCCCGCAUGGCCCAGGGCCGAACUCCUGUUGACUACUACCCAAAUACUGUCCACUCUUCAGGAAUGAUAAAAACCAUUAUACAUCAAGACCAUCUCAAUAGCCCUGGCUCUGAUGAGGGUUGCCAUCUUAACAUGCACCAGGAGAGAAGAGCCCCUUCCACUGAGCCUUACCCCAUGUGGAACCAAGAUGGCUAUCCAUUGCGCAGUUUCACUCCACCUUACCAGAGACAGCAUGAGAGCUCUGACAAUGGCCACCCGGAUGACCGAAGUGAUGUGACGUGCUCCCAACAUGAGUCUUAUGAGGAAAAAACUAAUGAAUGCUUGGACCAUUCCCCAGAAGACCUCCCUCACCAGGGCUUCCACCAGAGUCAAGGUUCUGACAGAGACCACCAACAUCGUGAACAAGGCUCACUCACUGUGUCUCAAAACCACCCUCACCAACAUACUGACAGUGACUACCCCAAAGAUGACUCAAGAGAGAAACACCUGAAAGAUGUUCUUGAAACUCAGGACGAGGCCUUCGAAAGCUCUUCGGAUAAUUGGAGAAGAGAUGGAGUCCAGAAGAAAGAUGCAGGACCCAUUAGUGUUCAAGGCCAGUGGUCUGAACCUGGUUCUAGUUCAGGUAGUAGUGUCAGUCAACCAAUUGAAACUAGUGGCCGCACCCUGAGCCGCAGAACAGGACCCAUCAAAAAGCCAGUGCUUAAGGCCCUCAAAGUGGAGGACAAGGAGAACGAGAAGCCCAAACCUGAGCCAGAGGAGAAGCCUGUACCUUACCGCUUGGAGAAAGAAGUCCUCACCAAUGUCUAUGACUUAAAGAAGGAUAACCAACUUGUCAGCAACAGGCGUUCGGCCUCUCCUGCUGUUGAGAAGCAAGUUGAAGAGAAACAUCAGCCACCAGCUCCUGUUAAACCAGAGAGACCUACCAGUACCCAGAAUGAAGACUCCUCACAGGAGUGCAGCUGGGACAGUAGUAAAAUUCAGUCAUGCAGAGACACCCAGGAGAGUAGGGAGCCCCAGGUACCCCGGCGCAAUAACUGGAUAUUCAUUGAUGAGGAGCAGGCCUUUGCUGGAGCCAGAGGAACUGGUAGAGGGCGCAGCCGGGGCUUCAGGGAGUUUAGCUCUAGAGGAGGAGGCCGAGGCGGUAGAGGUGGAGACAACCACCGUGGGGGUUAUAACAGCAAUGGAGCCCAAAGGCCAGGUAGAGGCCGAGGUCCAUCCAGGGAAUUUGUCAAGGUAGAGGAUCUCCAGAGGGGAAAGCCAAGAAGGCGGAAUGUUAGCGAGACCCUGAGUGAAGCCUCUGAAUAUGAGGAAUUGCCCAAAAGACGUCGCCAGAAAGGCACUGAAAAUGGGGAAAGUUAUACAGAGCCUGUAGAGUUUCGUAAAGCUGACCGGGAUUCCUGGAGGUCAAACAAGGUGUACACUGAGGAUCAAGCAGCUAGUGACAACAGAGACAAGGCUAAGGUCAGCAAGGGCUUUGGAGGCCGCACUCUUCCUCCCAGACUGAAUACCACUGGGAGCUAUGCCCGAGGCUUUGGAGGCUCCAGGGAUAUCUCCACCUGGAGAGGCCGGGGAGCCCAAUUCACCAGUGGUGGAGGUUCCAUGCAUGAAAAUAGUUAUGGCCCUGGAGCUGAGUCUACUUAUUCUCGCAGACCUCCAGGAGAACGUGAAACCAACAAGUACACUCCCAAAUUCACCAGCUCUUUUAUGGAAAAUGGCACAGAGGAACGUGAAGGAGAAUACUAUUUAGACAACGACAACCCUGACAGGCAGGCCCUUAGGAGGCGUCGUCCACCCCGUCAGGACAAACCACCCCGCUUCCGCCGUCUACGCCAAGAACGUGAACCUGGCUCAGGCCAAUGGACUAGUGAUGAAUACAUAAAUGGUGGAGACUUUGCCAACCCCUGGCAUGGUCGCUCCAAAGGCAGUGGGGAGGACAACUGGCCUAGCGGCCACUACUCUGGUGGACGUUCCAGCCAACAUGGGCAGGCAGAGGACUGGGAGACAGGCUCAGACAAUAGUGACUUUAAUGACUGGAGGGAGAAGAGAAGUGGAAAUGGAGGAGGGGCUCAGCAGGGACCAGGUGAUGUUCCAUCAGACUCAGGCCACAGUGAGCCAGGCUCUGGGGAAAAGAGGGAGCUUUCUAAGAGGAGCUUCUCUAGCCAGCGUCCUCUGGUGGAACGACAGAACAGAAAAGGAGAGCCAACAUUACUGGAAGGCAGUAAGAUGACACGAGCACCAGAUAAUUCCACUACAUCAGCGUCCAACAGAAGUGACAGUUGGCAAAAUGGAGGAGCUCCAUGUAAGAGCAGGAGCCCAGAUGAUUCAGGCCCGGUCUACAAUGUAGAUCAGACUGAGGAAAGAGAGCCGAAUGAGCCUACAGGAAAGAAGCUGGAUAUGGAGUUGAAGUCAGGCUCUGUCAAGUCAGACAUGGCUGAACCACUGUCCCAGUAUGACCUCACCAGCUACCCAAUUGAGGGUGAUGCAGGAGGUUCAGUGUCCAGUCCAGAUGGGUACCAGGACACACUGUCAAAGAAACAGAGACGGCCGCAGGAAGAAGAGCGGAGGAGGAAGGAACAGGCAACAGGAGUGCAAGUUAAGAACAGGACAAUUGCCUCCAAGAUACCACCACGGUUUGCCAAAAAACAGGGUGGUAUGAGCAUCGAACAACCAGAAGAGGCACUCUCCUCCAACAACUUGGGCACUGAGAUCUGGGAGACAAACAGUUCAGCUCUCUCGGUUCAGUCUUCGGGAGGAGACUCAUGGGCUAAAAAGGUGUCAUACACUGGGAGUGAGCCCAACUCUGAGGACUCUGAUGCUGGCCCUGAGCAAAACAAGGAACAACACAAGCCAGGGCCCAUUGGUAAUGAGCGCUCUCUAAAGCACCGCAAGGGCUCUGAGGGUGUGGAUCGCCUGGAAGGUGGCCCUAUCACACCAGUGAAUGGUGUUGACCUCCAUGUGGACACUGUGCUGCCCGUGCCACCCAUUGAGUUUGGUGUUAGUGCUAAGGACUCUGAUUUUAGCCUGCCACCAGGCUCUACCCCAGUGCCUGUGACCAACCCUGUCAACAAGCUUCAGGAUCCCCUCACCACCAACCCGGCUCUCAAUCAGAGCAUUCCCAUGUUACGCUCCAACCAUCUGCAGCCUGGCAUCAACCUCAACCCCAUCUCCUUUCCUAGUGCUGAUCUCACUCUUAAGAUGGAAUCGGCACGCAAGGCUUGGGAGAACUCCCAGUCCCUACCUGAGCAGGGCUCUCCUGGUGGAAAUGCGUCAGGUGCCCAGCCACCCUGCAGUGUUGGCUCCUCCAGUGGUGUCAGCUACAGUUCCUUUGGAGGAGUUUCUAUGCCCCCCAUGCCUGUUGCUUCAGUGGCACCCUCCAUGUCCAUGCAGGGUAACCAUAUUCCACCUUUGUACUUGGAUGGCCAUGUCUUUCCCAGUCAGCCACGCUUGGUACCUCCCAACAUGACACAGCAGCAGAGCUACCAACAGGCAGCUGCAGCCCAGCAGAUUCCCAUCUCCUUGCACACUUCCCUUCAGGCCCAGGCUCAGCUGGGGCUUCGUGGAGGCCUACCUGUUUCCCAGUCCCAGGAGAUGUUUAACUCUAUUCCCCCUUUCCGAUCCCAAGUAUACAUGCACCCCAAUCUAUCCCAGCCUAGCCCCAUGGUGCUGUCAGGUGGAGCCCCUCUUAAGGGGCCAUACUCUGCUUUCCCAGGCAUGCAACCCUCUGACAUGGUAAAGCCCCAAUCAGGCUCCCAUUACCAGCCUAUGAAUGGCAGCCAGCCACUGGUGUAUGAUAGUCAAAUGAACCAAGGACCUGGUCUGGGCUCCUCUCAGCUUAUGGACUCCCAGCUUAUCCAGGUCACCAUGCCUCUGCCUGGCUCUCAACUCCGAUAUGGUUCAGCCCAGCAGCACCUCAUCCUGCCUCAGUCCAUUCAGCUGCAGCAGGGACAGAACCUGUCGGUUGGAGCCCCGCGCAGGAUGCUGCCACCUGGCUCCCAGCCCCCCGUCAUGACUGGCAACAGAGAGGGCUCACAGAUGGAAAUGAAAGGCUUCCAGUUUUCUGACAAGGCUAAUCAUUCCUCAGGAAUAUCUGGAGGAUCCUACAGGCCUGGGUCUGCCAGUCCCAGUGGGAAGCCUUCUGGUCCUGGCGGUCCUGUAGGCCCUCUGCCAACACAUUACCCUCAACAGGUCCCUCCUCCCCAGGGUAGCAUGGUGAUGCACAUGCGCCCACCAACCACUGGCCCCUUCCCAACCCCCAUUCAGAGACCAGUCAUGCAGGUCAACAAGCCCGUCAUCAUUCGCUCCCCCCCUUAUCCUAAUCCUGGGCGUGAGCCUCCCCACUCCACCCCUCCCUCAGCCCCUGAGCCCCCAGUCAAAGGGCCAGAGGAUGGCAUGAAGAAUAAAACCAUGCGAGAAGUGCGCAAGGCAGUGGGUGAGGGCAAGACGCCAUCAGGAAGUAUGACCAGCAAACUCCAGGAGCCCCUAUCUUCCUCGGGGCAAGCCAAACCAGCACGCAGUGGAGCCAUUAAACCCCAGGCUGUCAAAGUGGAGGAGGGAAAGGCGUAGCAACGGACCUUAAACUCUUCUCACCACUACCCAGCCUGCCAACAGAGAAGCCCCUGACCAAUGUCUAAGCCUUCUACAACCCAACACAACUUUCAUCCCAAGGUGCCAAGGCAAGGGGCACACAUGCAGACAAGCAUACUGUACUAUCUUUUUGAACUGUCAGAACUGGACACUAUUAUUUCACACCACGUAUAGAGAUAUAUAAAUAUAUAAAUAUAUACAAAGACACAAUAGACACUCUUCUAAGCAGAUCGCUUCAAGGUCCUCUUAUUUAUUAAUGUUAAUGUCCUUUUUGUCCCCUUCUUUUUAAGGUGUCCUUUUUUUCCUUAUUUUUAAGAUUGCAAUCUUAGGGUAAAUAUGUUUUUGUUACACUCUCCAAAGUGAAGAAAAGGAAGAUGCCAACAAAGAUGGAUGAAGACAAAUGGUUGAUUCACCACACCAUAUUGCCAAACUUGUACUCCCUCUUGAUGGACUGUAGCCCUUACAAACAGACAGGGAUUUCAGAAAGGCACUGUCAUUUUUCAUUGGCAUUUUUAGGAAUGGCAUUUGUCAUUUAACUGGCAGUUAAAACGUGGCUUUUUAUUUAAUUUGGUUAUGAAGAAUCCCUUAACUCUAAUUUAAGGUUAAAUUGUAUUCAAAUUUGAGGACAUUACUUUAACAGGACAAGAGUAAACUACAUCACCCUAAAACUGCAUCUGCUGGGGUGUUUCACUCAGCUUGUGAACUGUGAUGAAAGUGCUUAGAUUAGUAAAAAUGUCUUUGUUUUUUUUGUUUUGUUUUCUUUGUUUUGGGU